AUGUUUCAAUUUAAUAAUAUUUGUAAUUCAAAAAAUGAUAUUCUUGACUAUGUUAUAUCAAACAAUAACUCUAUUAAUGUAAUUUUAAAUAAGUUUCCUGUAGUAAAUGUUGAUUUAUAUCACCCUCCACUUGAAAUAAGUUGUGUUGUUUCACUUUUAAAAAUAAAAGAUUUAAAAUAUAAUGAAAUUGUAUAUGAUUGGGAAAAAGCAAAUUACUAUCAAAUACAUUUAUCACUGUCAUCGAUUAAUUGGUUGGAUAUAUUUUUAAAUAAUAAUAUAGAAUCUAAUAUUUCAUUAUUCUACUCGUUAUUAUCUAACAUAAUUAAUAGCUUUGUACCAACUUACAUUAAACGCAACUCUUCAUAUCCUAUAUGGUUUAGUAAUGAACUUAAAUCACUAAUUAAUCAAAAAAAAAAAGCUCAUUAUAACUUUAAAUAUUUAAAAUCUUAUUCAAAUUACAUAAAAUUUUCAAAUCUAAGAACUAAAUGCAAAAAUCUAAGACAUAUAGACUAUUCUACAUAUUUAAAAAAUGUUCAAAAUAAUGUAAUAUCAAAUCCCAAAUACUUCUGGAAAUUUUUUAACGAUAAAAAACCUAAAAAUGACCUUCCUAAUUUAAUGCAAUUUAAUGACAAGGAGGCAAGCGAUGGACAAUCCAUAGUAGACAUGUUUAAAGAAUAUUUUUCAAGUGUAUACACAUCACCCUUAACAAAUCCUAAUUACAAACAUAACAUUUCAAAUUCAAUACCAAAUAUUUGCAAUACCAACAUUUCUUUAAUGGAUAUUUUCAACGAAUUAGACAAUCUAAAUAUAAAUCUAUGUCCAGGUCCAGAUAAUAUAUCUCCUAAAUUUCUUUAUAAUUGCCGCUUCAUAUUAUCAUAUCCAAUUCACUACUUAUUCAAACAAUCGUUAUCAUCUGGAACUUUUCCAUCACUUUUUAAAAUAGUUUAUAUUUCCGCGUUAUUUAAAAAAGGAGAUCGUUCAUCCGUUUUAAAUUAUCGUCCUAUCUCAAUAAUAUCAAUCAUACCUAAGAUUUUCACAAAAUUAAUAAAUGACAAACUAUUCCCUAUAUUAAAAAACAUUAUUAUCAAAGAACAACAUGGUUUUCUUACUAAACGAUCAACCAUUACGAAUUUAGCCACAUUCAAACAAACCAUUUUUGAAUCUUUUAAUAUGAAUACACAAACAGAUAUGAUAUAA